AGAAAUGGUUGAUUUUAUCGCGGAAUAUCUGAAGUCUAUUCGGACUAGAAGAGUAUUCCCAGAUGUUUCUCCUGGAUACAUGCGCACACUUGUACCGGAAGCUGCACCACAGGAAGGAGAGAAAUGGGACGACAUUUUCAGAGAUAUUGAGCGUGUUAUUAUGCCUGGAGUUACCCAUUGGCAGAGUCCGUAUAUGCACGCCUACUUUCCCGCUCUGAAUUCGUUUCCUUCUCUGCUUGGAGACAUGUUGGCUGAUGCUAUCGGAUGUCUUGGAUUCACUUGGGCUUCUAGCCCAGCGUGUACAGAACUGGAGACAAUAGUCAUGGACUGGUUGGGGAAGAUGAUUGGCUUACCGAGUGAAUUUCUGCACAGUAAUAAAGAAACAAAAGGAGGAGGUGUCAUUCAGCUGACGGCCUCGGACUGUACUUUUAUCACGAUGUUAGCAGCAAGAACAGAAGUGUUUCAGAAACACCGGAAGUUAGAUCCGGACGUGGAUGAAGCCCAUAUCAACGCCAGACUUGUGGCUUACUGUUCGGAUCAGGCGCACUCAUCUGUCGAGAAGGCAGGUCUUAUAUCAUUGGUCAAAAUGCGUUACCUGACUACGGAUGAUGAUCUGAGUAUGCGCGGACACACCCUCCAAGAAGCCAUCUCGCGUGAUAAGGAAGAUGGCCUGAUUCCAUUUUAUGUUUGUGCAACUUUAGGAACUACAGGGGCAUGCGCAUUUGACAAUAUUAAAGAGCUCGGACUAAUAUGUGAGAAAGAGGGACUUUGGAUGCACAUCGACGCCGCCUACGCAGGAACAGCCUUCAUUUGUCCUGAAUAUCGAUCCUAUAUUGAAGGAAUCGAACACGCCAACUCGUUUGCCUUCAACCCAUCCAAGUGGAUGAUGGUGCAUUUCGAUUGCUCCGCCAUGUGGGUGAAGGACUGUCGAACUUUGCACAGAACAUUCAAUGUGGAUCCACUCUAUCUAAAACACGAAAAUUCAGGAGCUGCAAUAGAUUAUAUGCACUGGCAAAUUCCCUUGAGUAGACGUUUCCGCGCCCUGAAACUUUGGUUUGUGAUCCGCUCCUUUGGUAUUGAAGGAUUACAAAAGCAUGUUAGAGAGGGAGUUCGUUUAGCAAGCAAAUUUGAAGACCUCCUUAGAAAAGAUCAAAGGUUUGAAAUCCCCGCUUCCAGAGUUUUAGGAAUGGUGGUGUUUCGGCUGUGGGGAGAAAAUGAAAUGACAGAAACACUUUUGAAGAGAUUAAAUAAAUCUGGAAAAGUUCACAUGGUACCAGCGUCUUUAAAGGGCAAAUACGUCAUAAGAUUUACCGUGACGUCACAAUAUACUACGGAUCAAGACAUUGAGCGCGACUGGAAAAUUAUUUCAGAUACUGCAACAAAGGUAUUACACGAUACAGAGUCUGAGGAGGAUGAGGCAUACAGCGAUGAGGAGGUAUCAAGUCCAGAAGUAGAGGAAGAGAAACAGUUUGUGAGAGUUCCUUCCAUUAAGAAGAAAGAAUAUGGAAUGAGUCUUCUUUUAAGCAACGUCCCAAUGUCACCAAAGUUAAUUAACGGGAGUUUUGCCGCAUUAUUUGAUGAUAGCGAGGCUAUGGAAGAGGUAGCCAAGCAGAUUUCAGCAGAAAACGCGGAACACCUUAUUCCUAUGUCACCUAGGAAACGCAAACUAAGAGACCAAUCAAAACAUCAAAGUUUUGAUCAGACAACAAUGGCCGAUCGUUGCCUAAGCAACUCCUACAAACAUCAAGGGUCGCUUGAUUCAAAACUUGACGAGAUCGUAAACAGUUCAGCGUAUUUAGAAACUCGUAUGAAUGGAAUGCAGAUGGAUGACGUGUUCGAAGCCGAAGAGGAACGUCCAAUCGAUGAUACGGAAGACGAAAACUGUCCAAUGAAAUGUCAGGAUGAUGUAUCGUACAAUGAAGGGAGUACACAAACCGAAACUGGACAAAGAAGGGUCGACAGAACUCCUAACGGCCAAACACAAUCUAUGUCUCAACGCAAGAACCCAAACAUCAGACUGAGAAUACCGGAAGUAAACAUUCCAAGCAUGCGCAACGUGUGUCCACAUUGUGGGAAUCGGUUCAGUUUUUCUUAAAGUAAUAUGACUUUUCGAAAAAAAUUAGCAGAUUUAAAGUUUUGUUUUAGUGGUUAUGUUUACAUUUAGAUAUUAUGGUUAUUUAAGUAUAAUUGGCUUUCCUCUGUUUAAAACCCAGUUUUGUACAUAAGAAUAUAUAACUUUUAAUGACUUGUAGUUGUGUAAAAUAUUUUAUAUAUAGAGUCUGAUUUGCUUUCUUUACUUGCAUUAAAAUCUUGAUAUUUAAAAUUGCUUUAUCC